CAUUUUGAAAGAGACAGAAAGACAAGAGAAUCAAAGAGUGUUGUUGCAAUGAGGUUAUACAGAUGUCUGGUUUUUGGGUUGGUGUGUGUGUGUUUGAGUUUGGUGAGUAAAGGAGAAGAAGAUGGGUUGUCGGGUUGUAACAUGUACGAAGGAGAGUGGGUGUGGGAUGAUUCUUAUCCUCUUUAUGACUCUGCAAAAUGCCCUCACCUUCGUUCUCAGUUUGAUUGCUCCAAAUAUGGCCGUCCUGAUCAUUUUUAUCUCAAAUACAGAUGGCAACCCUCCAAAUGCAACUUACCAAGAUUUGAUGGGAAAGAGUUUUUGACAAAACUGAGGGGGAAGCAGAUCAUGUUUGUAGGAGAUUCAGUGAGUCUCAACCAAUGGCAAUCACUAAUUUGCUUGCUUCAUUCUUUCUUGCCCCAAACUCAAAUAUUGGAUGAGCUUGAUAAGCUAGUCUAUAACUACACAUUCCCGGACUACCAAGUUUCAGUGUUCGUUUAUCAUUCCACACAUUUGGUUGACAUUGAAGAGGAAAAAAUUGGUCGAGUUCUGAAGCUGGAUUCCAUCAAGAGUGGAAGCAUAUGGAAAAACAUGGACAUUCUGGUUUUCAACACUUGGCUUUGGUGGUAUCGCACAGGACCCAAGCAACCAUGGGAUUAUAUUCAGAUAGGUAACAAGAUAGUGAAAGACAUGGAUCGCAUGGAAGCUUUCAGAAUUGGUUUGACAACAUGGGCUAAAUGGGUGGAUGCAGAGGUUGAUACAAACAAAACCAAAGUUCUUUUCCAAGGAAUUUCUCCUCAACAUUACAAUGGAAUAGAGUGGAACGAACCGGGAGUGACAAACUGUUCAAAGGAGACAAGGCCAAUAAAUGGAUCAACUUACUCAGCUGGAUUGCCAAAAGCAUAUUAUGUAAUGGAAGAUGUGUUGAAGAAGAUAACCAAACCUGUUCAUCUGUUUAACAUUACAACUCUGUCACAGUUGAGAAAAGAUGCACAUCCUAGUUCUUACAAUCUCUUCAAAGCCAUGGACUGUACUCAUUGGUGUGUGGCAGGCUUGACAGAUACAUGGAAUGAGUUAUUGUCUGUACAAGUCACAAAUUGAAAAUAAAGGUUUGAGUUGGCUGUUUAGUCACAUGAAUUUUUGGGACAAAAUGUAAAACUCUGGUCAAUAAUAAUAUUAAACAACUUUUAAAUUUCA